GAAGUGGUUCAUUCUGACGCUCGAGAGCAGAGUCCAAACACCGCAGGCCGCCUGCAGCCGCACAGUCUGACGCAGUGAAAACUGGCCUUUUGUCGUCGCUAUGCACAGAUUAAAAAUCCUCUCGGGACACUUGUCUCCGCCCGGCUCGUCUGGACACGGGACGGGACGGGACCUGUGGAGGACGGAGUGCGGCUCGGCCGGGAGCAGCAGCCCGGAGGACGUGGUGGUGGUCCACGGACUGAGGACUGCGAUCGGGAAAGCCAAGAGAGGAGCAUUUAAGGACACGACGCCCGACGAGCUGCUGAGUGCCGUGAUGACAGCUGUGCUCGCAGAUGUUGGACUGUCCCCUGACGAGCUGGGAGACGUCUGUGUGGGUAACGUGCUGCAGCCGGGCGCCGGCGCCCUGAUGGCCAGGGUGGCUCACUUCCUCAGUGGGUUUCCUGAGGGCGUCCCUGUGUACACGGUCAACAGGCAGUGCUCCUCCGGACUGCAGGCUCUCUUCAACAUCGCAGGAGCCAUCAGGAGCAGAUCCAUCGACCUGGGCCUCGCAUGUGGUGUGGAGAGCAUGUCUCUGCGUUCAAUAGGUAACCCAGGGGAUCUGAGCUCCAGGCUGAUGGACAGCGACAAGGCCAGGGACUGCAUCAUCCCCAUGGGCAUCACGUCCGAGAACGUCGCCGAGAGGUUCGGGGUCUCCAGAGAAAAACAGGACACCUUCGCGCUCAGUUCUCAGCGCAAAGCGGCGAGGGCGCAGAGCUCCGGUCUGUUCGAGCAGGAAAUCGUUCCCGUCACCACCAAGUUCGUAGACGACGACGGCAAAGAGCGGCAGGUGACGGUCGCUAAGGACGACGGGAUCAGAGCGGGAACCACCCUGGCAGGACUCGGUAAACUGCGGCCGGCCUUCAAAGCCGACGGCAGCACCACAGCAGGUAACUCCAGCCAGGUGAGCGACGGGGCUGCGGCCGUGCUGAUUGGUCGCAGGUCUGCGGUCGAGGCUCUGGGUCUGCCGGUCCUGGGAGUCCUGAGGGCCAGUGCAGUGGUGGGGGUCCCUCCUGAUGUGAUGGGUAUCGGACCGGCGGUCGCCAUCCCUGCGGCCCUGGAGCAGGCCGGACUGACGCUGGCCGACAUCGACGUGUUCGAAAUCAACGAGGCCUUUGCCAGUCAGGCGGUGUACUGUGUGGAGAAGCUGGGGAUCCCGAUGGAGAAGGUGAACCCGAACGGAGGAGCCAUCGCUCUGGGUCAUCCUCUGGGCUGCACCGGAGCCCGACAGGUGGUGACGCUGCUCAACGAGCUCAGACGCAGAGGGAAGAGGGCGUACGGCGUCGUGUCCAUGUGCAUCGGGACCGGGAUGGGAGCUGCUGCCGUCUUUGAAUACCCCGGAGCGUAGGAGCAGAGGAAGUGACGCAGGGUGGCUGGAGCCCCUUUCAGACCUGACGGUGACCUGUUAACGCUGUGCUAAUCUGGACUCACAUUUCUCAGAGAUUAAGGAACUUUGGAAUCUGGUCUGCACCUUUCAAUGAGAUAACAAACUUAAAGGGCGGCUUCACAGUUCUUCCUGUCCGUUCUGAAACAGGCAGGUGAAGAGUUUAUUACAUUGUGUCACAGAUCAACACUUCUGCACAUCAUCAUCUGUUUCAUCUGGUCUACAGAAACCCGACUGUCAAAUUAGGAUUGAUUUGAAAAACUGUGAACGUGUCCUUUAAGGCCACAUGACAUUAAAAGCUGCCUGUCAAAAUGUUGGUCAUGACUGCACAACAGGUCUGCUGUAAAGAGAAACUCAGCAGUGUUACAGGGUCCAGGUCUGAAUGGGGCUCCACAGGGAUCUGAAUCAACCUUAACUGAUGCUGCUCCACUUCUCAACUGUCAGGUGAUUAAGUGCCUUGGAUUCACGAGUCUGAUCCAGAACCCGAUUGGUCCUGCUUUUAAUGUGAAGCAGAGUUUAGUUAGUGAGGCUAAUCGUUAAUAAAUCCAGAUGGUCUGGAGGAAGGUGAAGGUGGGGCUGACGGAUGAACAGCUGCACUGUUUUCUUCUUUCUUUCUAAUUGUCUUACAGUCCUGAUGUCCUGUAGAAAACCACGUGCAGCAGCGCAGUCCGAGCCGUCGCGAGUCUCCCAUCAGUCAGGAAGUCGUGUUUAAAGAGUUUUGAGGAUGUUAUGACUGCAGCAUGUUGUGUCAAAUCUAAGGACCAAUCAGGAACAGGAAUUCUCUUAGCUUGUUGGCAGAUUCUGGGCCUCAUGCAACAACCAUUUCGUAUUCUAAAAGGCUGAACGGUGUGCCGGGCCGCCGCCGCGUGUCAGAAUCACUACCAUCACAUCUGGGAUGAAGCAGCUGGCGACCAGCUGAAGCCCUCUGAGUGUCCGGUGGUUGGAGGUUCUCAGGUUUCCUCUCAGACACGACGUGUUUGCUAGCUUGGCGUCGGCUGAAGCCUUCGCGGUAAAACGUUGCGACCCUGACAGGUGAUACGAGACGACACCAGCGGCCGGCCUUCGUCACCUCUAAGCUGAACGCUUUCUCUUAGCGGAUCAGCAGCGUCCUGCAUGAGGUCCAAACCUGAAACAGGUUGUAGAGUUUUGUCACUGAGCUGUGAAGUGUUUGCAACUCUGAUUUCCUGUGCAAAAAUAAAACAUUUCAACACAA